CGUGAUCUAAAUGACAACGUCCUCGUUCAAAAUUUCAUUGAUCAUUUGUCACUCCAUCUUUCUGAUUCCGGCAUAUUUAAAUUCUCGAUACUGUGCGGCAGUAUUUAUAAUUUCAUCAAUUACCCUUCACACAAUUAUAUUUUUAUUGUCCGAUUUUACACUGUAAUAAUCUACGAGAAGUAAGCGUCCUGUUUCACCUGCCAUAAAUGCUUUGUUACAUUAAGUACAUUGAUUACUCCAUAUUUUCGAAACAGCAGGCAAGCAAUGUGAAAUACACUGUGCCAGACCCAAAAGCUGUCAAUAAAAUUUUGCUUGUACAUAUAUUUUGCCCAAUCCAGUUAAUUUUGGAUUAUAUUUGCAAUGAAAUAGGAUACUUCGGAGGAAAUAGUAACAUAGAUCUAGUAUCCCCAAAAGGCAAGCGUGUACAUGUAAACAGGCAUGUCCAGAACACUCAUGGAUCGAAAAUAUUGGUUGCUGAAGAAACGUACUUUGUAGUUCUUGCUACUAAAACCCCUGAAGGAAAAGUUUAUAUACCAAUAUUGGAUAUGGCAUCAGAGGACUAUAUUUAUUAUUUCGAUCCUCCUCAAAAGAAAAUGGAAAUUAAGGAAGAGCCCGACACCAAAAACAAGACACAAGUUAAGAGAUCCCAUACAAAUAAAAAACAUCCAAGACAUGAACCAGUUGACGACAUACCACCGAAUUCUGUUGGAUUGCAGAUCCAACGUCCCAACGUUGAAGAAAGUCAAAUUAACGCAGAAUAAUCAUUAUCAAUUUUAGAUUCAUUAUUUACAAAAUGUUAGCACAAUAUACUAUUUAGACAUA